AUGCAUCUACAAGGUGGCGAAGACCCCUCCGGGGUCGCUGAAGACCCCCGUACCUGUCUCCUUCUUUUCCUCCUCCUUGCCAGCCGGGGGCGGCUUCUCCUCGGGUUUGCCGGCACUUUUCCUCGCGCUCAUGUCGGCUGCAUCCCCCGAACUGGCUUCACAGCCGCCGGCCUUACCCCCACCUCACCUUCUGCAUCGAUCUGCCCUUGUCUUAAUAUCAGCAAUCAUCGUGUACCGGCUCUGGUAAAUCGUCGGCUAAGAAGGACCACCAAUCACAGGAGACAACCACGCGACCGAGUCAGGAUAAUCAAAACAAGCGGUAGGAAUGAGGAGAAGGGAGAAGAACGAUCAAUAAACAAUAAUUUAGUUCGCAAUAACCAUGAAAAAAAAAGAGGUCCUGCUUACUUUCAUAAUCCGAGUAGUGAACCACUCAAGGCUAUCACCACAGGCCAGCUACUGGAUCGGGCAGCAGAGAAAUGGCCGCAUAAGACGGCCAUUAUUUCAGCUCAUGAAAACAAAACACUCACAUUUCUGCAAGCAAAACAACAGGCUGAGCAGUUAGCUGCUUGCCUUCUGAAACUCGGACUGAGGCCAGGAGACAGACUAGCGCUCAUCGGAGUCAACACCAUACAUUGGUACAUUACAAUGAUGGCUACAGCUAAAACUGGAAUAAUAUUGGUAAUGGUGAAUCCAGCUUACAAGGCCAAAGAAUUUCAUUAUGUGUUAACACAAGUAAAGGCAAAAGCAAUCAUAACUGACCAAAUAUUUAAAACACAAGACUAUCCCAAACUUUUGACGGAGGUUGCACCUGGAAUUUCAUCAGCUCCACAUGGUGAACCUAUAAACAUCCCAGAACUACCAGAGCUCUCAUUUAUCAUUGUGGCAAGUGAAGAAAAGCUUCCGUGUAACAUCUUAUACGGAACUUCAACAAUGUACAUUGAUAUUUGCAAUGAAGUAAAAGCACUACUUCCAGGCAAUCAAAAGCUGGCAGAAGCAUGUUCAAAUAUUGAUAUAGUAGUAUGCGGUGGAUCGAUGUGUCCUCCCCAACUGGCAAAAGACAUUUCAAAAACAUUUCCAUCAUGCAAAAUCCAGUUCAUAUAUGGAAUGACUGAAGCAAGUCCAAUAUGUUUUGCUAACAAACUAGAAGACAGCUUUGAACAAAGGACAACCACAGUUGGAUAUCUCGCUGAUAAUUUGGAAGUAAAAAUAGUUGACAGAGAAGGAAGGAUGGUAGAUUUUGGAAUGCCAGGGGAAGCAUGGUUUAGAAGUUAUGCUAACUUCAUAGGAUAUUGGGACAAUGAAACAAAGACAAAGGAAGCAAAAACAAUUGACGGAUGGCUUAGAUCAGGGGAUCUAAUGAUCUUGAGGGAAGAUGGCUAUGGUAGUGUUGUAGGAAGAAUUAAGGAUGUUAUUAUCAGAGGAGGAGAAAACAUAUUUCCUGCAGAGAUAGAGGAUUUCUUAGUGCAACAUCCAGAAAUAAUUGAUGCUCAAGUAUUUGGUGUAUCUAAUGAUCGGUUGGGCGAAGAAGUUGCAGUAGCUAUAAAAUUAUGUGAUUCAUCAACUAUGACUGAAUCAAGCUUACAAGAACAUUGUAAAGGAAAGAUAUCUCACUUUAAAAUACCAAAAUAUGUCAGAUUUGUAAAGGAAUAUCCAACUACACUCUCAGGAAAAAUAAAGAAAUAUGUCCUAAGAGAGAUGCUUGAAGAAGAAUUAAAGAAAUAACAAUUUGCCUUUCAUAAUUUUAUAAUGGAGGCAUAGACAUAAAAUAGCAUGUAUUAAAAAAAUAACAAAUAAGUGUGUACUAAACUAAAAAAAAAUUUCCUUGUUUAAACUGAUAGCAAUAUAUACAAAACAAGUGUCCAAACGUGGAACUCGAUUAAAAUGAAUUAAAGAAUAAAUGAAAACACAUAAUUUUAUAAAAAAAAAAGUACAUUAGUUAAUCUUCAGAACUUGAACAAUAUUCCACAUGUUACUUUACGUUAAUGCCUCAAUUUCCAUGCUUAGGAAUCGACUAUAAUUAUUUAAUUGGAUUUGUACAUAUAAUAAACAAUUUUAAUAAAUACUGAAAUUAUUUAAUAUAUAUAUUUGUUUUUAACGGACUGUCAUUAUGUUAAACAGAAUGAUUUGAAACUACCCAACUCAAUUGAUAUUUAUAAUAUAUUGUAUUAUUUUAGCAUUAAAAAAAAUAUAAAAUUUUAAUGAAAGUUAUGUAAAAAUAUUUCAAAAUAAAUAAAGAACAUAUACAUUUUUUUUCUGAGGACUUGUCAGAGGAACAAUUAUGAUGAACAACUUAAUUAAUUUUUGAGAUGUUUUGAAACUUUACUACUCUCAUAUUCGAGUCAACUUUUAAUAAACGUUAACAAUAACAUCCCAUACUACAAACUUUAAUAAUAAAGUCUCGAAUGUCAUAAAUUUUAUAUUUAUAGAUUGAACCUCAAGUUCCUUAGAAAAUAUAUAUUAUUUAACAGUCCAGAAAAUAGAACAUAUAUGUAUAAACAUAUAUAUAUCAUAAUAUAAAGAGAAAUAGCCUGGUAUAGUUAAAAGAUUGUAGAACUUAUCUUGCGCUUUAUUUAUCUUUAAUUUGAUUUAUUUAAAAAUCUUUAUUUUCUAUUAGAAUAAAUGUAAAUGUAAUUAAUAGCAUUAUAGUUUUUGGUCGACAGCAGUAUUUUAACAAGUUUACAAGACCAAAUUGACACAAGAUAAACAAUAAUAAACUAGCAGUAAAUAUAAAGCCAUUAAACAAAAAUGUAAACAAAUUAAGACCUUCAAAAAAUUCAAAUAAUAACAGGAUCAAAAUGUAAGCAAUCAGGGAGUAAUAAAAAAUGUAUCACAUAUUUGUCAGGAAGCAUUUGCAUGAACAUGUUUAUUAGACUUUUUUUAAAAUUUAAAUGAGCUAUCAGUCACAAGACACUAUGUAUAUUAAAAUUAUAAAUUAUAAAUAUUAUAAAUUUGAUGAAAAUGAAAUAUAAAUAAAAUAUAUUUGCUAGUCAUAAUAACCAUAAGUGUAAUCUCUUUUAUUAUUCAAAUAAAAUUACAGGCCAUUGGUCACUAAUAAUUCUUUUUAUUUCACUUUCUCUUUUUGUGCAAUCAUUUUGGUCAUCAUCUAGAGCC